AUGGACGAUACGGCGGCGCGGCUGGGCCAGGACCUCAUCCACCCUGCGACCUUGGCUGCGUCGCAAGUCCUGCCGCUUGCGUCGUGCGAGUCGGUCAGGCCUGCAGGAGAGCACGCCGUCUCGAUACUCCAGGAAUCCCACACAAGAAGCCGCCAUCCGGAGGCGUUCCUUCCGGAGCUGGACUAG